GGUGAAGCUACGGCUGGUCCGGCUUGGUAGGCGCUUUGCUCUCAGGGGCUCCCACGUAGGAAUUUGCUCGGAUUUGAUGUAAUGUUUAGGUUCAGAAAUGCCUUAUGUGGAUCGUCAGAAUCGCAUUUGUGGUUUUCUAGAUAUUGAAGAAAAUGAGAAUAGUGGGAAGUUUCUGCGGAGAUAUUUUAUACUGGACACAAAAGAAGACAGCUUGGUGUGGUACAUGGAUAAUCCACAGAACCUUCCCUCUGGAUCCCCCCCUGUUGGAGCCAUUAAACUUACCUACAUUUCAAAGGUUAGUGAUGCAACUAAGCUAAGGCCAAAGGCAGAAUUCUGUUUUGUCAUGAAUGCAGGAAUGAGGAAAUACUUUCUACAAGCCAAUGAUCAACAAGACUUAGUUGAAUGGGUAAAUGUCCUAAACAAAGCUACCAAAAUCACAGUACCAAAGCAGGCUGAUUCAUUGUCUCAGACUGAUAAUUCAAAUCGUCAAGCUGAAAAUGUGGGGAUAAAGAAGCAGAUGUCUUACAGAACGGAUAUUGUUGGUGGUGUUCCUAUAAUAACCCCUACUCAGAAAGAAGAUGUAAAUGAUUAUGGUGAGGGUGAUAAAAACUACUUGAAACAGUGCCAAAGCCACCCUUACUAUUCUGCUAAGCACCCCCCAGAUAAUGCUGUGAUCAAAGCUGGCUAUUGUGUUAAACAAGGAGCAGUGAUGAAGAACUGGAAAAGAAGAUACUUCCAGCUGGAUGAGAAUACAAUAGGCUAUUUUAAAUCUGAACUGGAUAAGGAGCCUCUUCGGAUUAUACCACUGAAAGAGGUUCAUAAAGUCCAGGAAUGUAAACAAAGCGAUAUAAUGAUGAGAGACAAUCUAUUUGAAAUUGUAACAACUUCUCGAACCUUUUAUGUACAGGCUGACAGUCCAGAGGACAUGCACAGCUGGAUUAAAGCAAUUUCUGGUGCAAUUGUAGCACAGCGGGGACCUGGAAGAUCAGCAGCUUCUGAGCAUUCCAUCAGUUCAUCAGAAUCCAACUGGCCUGCAAAAACUGCAGCAGCCACCUCACAUUCCGCAGCCACUCACAACCCCACUUUGGUCUCAGCCGUUAACACCAAGCCCUUUGUCUUGGAGAAGCGAAGAUUUCAAGAAUCUUUUACCAAGGCCAAGCCAGGGAGCUUCAAGAUCCAGGCUGUCCCUUCAAGAGACCCAGCUUCCAAAGUGACUGCACAGGGUCUAUGGGAACCUCAGAAUAAAAAUGGCACUCAGGAACAGGAUCCUGGCCCGGUGGAUCUAGAUGAUGCAAGCCUUCCAGUCAGUUAUGUGUAAUAAUAGGAAGAGUUUGGAGAAUGAUCCAUUUGUUUUGGUCCUUGAAUUUCCUUGCUCAGACUUCUAGCCAAAGAUGACUAUGGGAUGAAAGAACAAAGAGUGGAAUGUUGUUUAUGUAGAUCUGUAUGUGUGCAUACAUUCAAAUUUGUGGAUGUUUAAAUGGUCAUAUACUGCCUUGUACUGAUUAUCAGAGUAGGCCUUUUGCUUUUUCCACAGCCUAAUGAUAAAUCACUUUCUAACAGGGAGGGGCCAAAAUACAUAAUAAAAAUAUUACUGUUGCCAAUCAGCAAGGUACCAGCUGCUCUACAUCUUCAGUUUGGCAAAGCUAAGAUAAGCACCUUAGUGCCCUAAUAGAAAUAUCAACAGGUGUAACUUAAUUAUACUGUAAGUCAGGUUAAUGACAAGGGAGUUGAUUUCUUAUGCUCUAAAGACUGACAAAGCCUUUUAGACAUUUGAACAUGCGUAAUCAUAGGAUUGAUGUAGUAGCUUUCUGAAUCCAGCAGUGCUUCUCACCAUGCAAUUUUCCUAUGCAGACAUGGUCUUCGUUUAGAAAACACUGCUGUGUCUGAAAUGAGGUAUUUUUUUCCUCUGUAAAUUGCACAGAUCAAGUAGCCACUAUGCAGUUUCUAUGGCAGGAAAACCACUUAUGCCUCAUUUCAGGCAGUCCAUGCUUGUGUGCUAACUUACACAAACCUUAAUGUAUGAAAAAUGUUGUGCGAACCAACCCUGAAGGGCAGAGCUUCAGAUCACUUACACUGAUGGAAACCUGAUGACUUGAUUGGAACUCUUCCUUUGUAACUGUUCUGUGAAUUACUGCCCUUCCCCAAAGACUUCCAACUCCUUUAGAAUUCCAGGUAUUUGGUGCUGUGAAAACGUUCGUUAGAGUAAUACAGCUAUUUUGAAUAUUAAGCCUAUUUUUGAUGCACUCCUAAAGGUGAAUUGUAACUUUUGCACAUUUGGAUAUUAAUGGACCACCAGUAAAUAAGGGUGUGUUACGGAUUUUUUUUUAAAUAGGGAGAAGGGAAACUGGACUACUAAAUCUUUUAAAGGUUUAACUAAAAGUAUUUUAUAUUAGGCUUUACAGAACCUAAAUGUUUAAACUAUUGUCUUUUCCCCCCUUUUGUGAAGUUGAUCCUUCCCCACCCCAUUGUGCUGUGAACAGUUCCCAUUUAAUAGUUGGAUCAGUUUAAGACUGAAAAAAAUGUUUCAUGCUGUUAACUGGUACUGAAUUGUUCAAUCAUGCAAUUGUGGCCUGUAACUUUUGGUGCACUAAAUUUAUUAAAAGUGCCUGUGGGUUCUUCCUUCAUUAUG